AUGAACAGUGCUUUGCCUUCAGAGCAAGAAGAACAGCACCCCAUCAACCUGGAUAUCUGUGGGCCCUCACUGUAUGAGGAUGACAACCAUCGCACAUGGCUGCAUCUCGACAUGGAGACAGGAGGUGACCUACAAGUAGAGUUGUGCCAGGUCGACUACCCCAGUGAGCAUAACACACUCACCACCAGCCCACUGACCUCAAGCACCAUGCCUUCGUGGUGGGAGCUCCACCUUGGUAUCCAGUACCUGGAUUUCAUGGGCUGGUUCUGGCGCAUCGUGCACCACGUCAAGGAGAAUGGAGUGGAGAAAAUGAUCCUUGAGCUGAUGGAAGACUCAUAG